AUGUUUAUGGCAAGAUCUGAAUACGACCGAGGAAUCAACACCUUCUCCCCAGAAGGCCGCCUCUUCCAAGUCGAAUACUCCCUCGAGGCAAUCAAGCUCGGCUCCACGGCCAUCGGCGUUGCCACCGCAGAGGGCGUCGUCCUCGGCGUCGAGAAGCGCGUCACCUCGACCCUCCUCGAGACCUCGUCCGUCGAAAAGAUUGUCGAGAUUGACCGCCACAUUGGCUGCGCAAUGUCCGGCCUCCAGGCCGAUGCCCGCUCCAUGGUCGAGCACGCCCGCGUCGAGUCCCAGUCCCACUCCUUCAACUAUAACGAGCCUCUCCGCGUCGAGUCGUGCACCCAGGCCAUCUGCGACCUCGCCCUCCGCUUCGGCGAGGGUGCCGAGGGCGAGGAGACCAUCAUGUCCCGCCCCUUUGGCGUCGCUCUCCUCAUCGCCGGCUACGACGAGGACGGCCCCCAGCUCUUCCACGCCGAGCCCAGCGGUACCUUUUACCGCUACGACGCCAAGGCUAUCGGUUCCGGCUCCGAGGGUGCGCAGGCUGAGCUGCAGAACGAGUACCACAAGUCCCUGUCAAUUACGGAUGCCGAGACACUGGUGCUCAAGACGCUCAAGCAGGUCAUGGAGGAGAAGCUCGACUCGAAAAACGUCCAGCUCGCGAGCGUAACGAAGGAAAAGGGCUUCAGAAUAUACACGGAUGAGGAGAUGGCCGCUGUGGUGGAGAGACUCCCUGCGAACUAG